UACUAAUAUGCAACACUCAAAUUCAUAAUUAAGCCAUAACCAAGUCAAUUAUUCUUGAACAUUAUAUUCAUAAUUAAGGCAUGGUGCGGCCCCUUUUGUGAUUGGUAAUUGCUCACAAAUAAAAUUUCCCACUUAGUAAGUACCCCUUUUGAGAGCGUCUGCACGAACUUUAAUUCUCAUCCCAUCUCUCCUUCCCGAUUCAAUCAAAUUUAUACUCUCUUCUCUCUUCUGGUUAGUUCUCCACUCUCUCUAGUGAUUCUAUAAGCUCUCCAAAACUCUCCAAUGGCGGAUUCCAUUUUCUCCCAAUAUCUGGUUCUAAAAAUUGAGACCGACCCACAUGAGUUUAACUCCUCCAUACCGUACUACCAGGACCCAUGUCAGGAUCAAAGUGCUGCGUUAGAAAGUCUACGGCUUGAAAAUUUCAAUCAGUUUACUUCACCCCCAUUGCCGUUGCAAUACAAUCCCAACCAACUUCCACAAAUGGGUUCUCAAGAUUUUGAGGAUUUAGGCAUCUGGGACUAUAUUUUGGACGAUGCUGCUCUUCCAUCACCUUUUGAUUACGAGGUGGUUGAUGAAAAUCCCCUGACAACAAUGGAGGAAUCCAUCGUCUGUUCGAACAGUGUUUCGGGUGAUUCGGGUGAUGUUUUCAGGAUGUUUGAUUGGGGAUGGAAAGUUGGGGGAAAUACGAUGGGGAAGGCAUGAAAAAAAAUGGGAGUUGCUCUAAGAGAAUGUCUGCUGCUCCAUUGGAAUUGGACGAGAUUCAGAAGUAUUUCGACGUGCCGAUAACUCAGGCGGCCAGGAAUUGAAGGUGGGAUUCAGAAGUCUUUUUUUAGAAUUUCUUUCAAAAUCUUCCUAGAUCUUCCUCUAUUCGUUCGAUCUUGAAUCAUUGUCUCGUAAUUCACAUUCUUACAAAU